AUGGCCAAAUCAAAAAAUGCGCUGGCCGUGGCGUCCAAGGCCAUUGACCCCACGCUCGAUGCUCUGUUCGCAUCCAGUGCUGGCCCUGUAACUGUUCCCUCACAACCUCGAGUAGGAGCACCGCCAGUGAAGAAGAGCUCAAGCGCCGCCAAAUCAAACGAAGAAGACGGCGACGACCAGGGCGACGAUGAGGUGCUCUCUGAAAUCAGCGAGGAGUUGGACUAUGGCGACGAUGACGAAGAAGAAGCAGGCGAUGACAGUGCCGAGGAUGAAGAUGGCCAAGACGGCAAUGAUGGGGAUGCCAUGUCGGUGACAAUGGAGGCGGCUGAGACAGAAGAGAAAAUCAACGGCCUCGAAGAAGCCAAGCCGAAGCGCGAGAGAAAACGUAAGAGAAAGCAGGACAACGACGACCUUGAAGGGAAAUAUCUGGCCAAGCUUGCAGAUGAUGAGGCUGAACCAUCUGGCAAGCGCCUGAAGGGAGGUGAAGAGGAUGCCCAGGAUGGCGCCAAAGAGGACGGUGAGGACGAGGUGCCCGUCCACGAGUCCCUCACGCAAGAAAGCAAGCAAUCCGAGGUUGAGAAGGCUGCUCGGACUGUUUUCCUGGGCAAUGUUGCCACAGAGGCCAUUUCAUCCAAGUCAGCCAAGAAAGAGCUGAUGAAGCAUCUCUCUUCAGUCCUCGACAAGGAUGCCUCGCCGCCGCAAAAGGUAGAGUCUCUGCGCUUCCGGUCCGUGGCCUUUUCUACCGGCUCAAUGCCCAAACGAGCGGCCUACAUUACCAAAGCCUUGAUGGAUGCCACCACCAAAUCCACAAACGCAUAUGCAGUCUUUUCAACUCCCGCGGCAGCUCGGAAAGUCGUCGCAGAGCUCAACGGAACUGAAAUCCUUGGCCGUCACAUCCGGGUGGACAGUGUUGCACACCCAAGCCCAAUGAAUCAUCGCAACUGCGUAUUUGUUGGAAACCUGGGCUUUGUCGACGACGAGACUGUUUUGAACAGAAAAGCCGACGGCAAGGUUGAGAACGUUCGUGUUGUGCGUGACUCCAAGACCAGAGUGGGCAAGGGAUUUGCAUACGUGCAGUUUUAUGACGCCAAUGAUGUAGAGGCAGCUCUUCUUCUCAACGGGAAAAAGUUUCCCCCCAUGCUUCCCCGUUCACUCCGUGUAACGAGGGCAAAGGAUCCGCGCAAGACAGCUCAGGCUGUCGAACGGGCCAGGUCCAAGGCAGAUGUGGCCGAUGGCACUAGCCGCAGCACAAAGUACAAGCCCAAGGCAACUCCAGAGGAGCAGGCCGCCGCCGGACGAACCCGCAAAUUGCUGGGUCGGUCUGCGGCUGCGAAACAGCGACGUCCCGGCAGGAGGUCGUUUGCAUCGGCGGCAAAGGACGGUGAGGCGGCAGCAGACGGAAUCAAGACUCCGGAGGCCAUCAUUUUCGAGGGCCGUAGAGCAUCGUCCAAAGACGGGCUUCCCAAGGACCUCAAAAUGGGCAAGAAAAAUAAGAAGAAGGCGGGCAGGCCAAUGAGACCGCAGAACCGCAGCGCUAAACGGGCUGCGGCAUGGAAGAAGAAGUGA